UCUCUCUUCCACUUUUUCUGAAAAGCAAUGGCAAAAAUAUCAUCGGGAGAGGAUUUAAAACAAACACAGAAGAGUAAAAUAUGCAACAGUUUGGAUGGUGGUCAGUGCUAUGGAUAAAAUAAAGUAGGGUGAGGGCCUGGAGCAUGUGAGCGAGGAUGGCUGCUAUAGUCGGUGGUUUAGGGGCCCCUCUGAGGAGUUGAUGCCUAAACUGAGACCUGAGUGCUGGGGAGUGCUGGGUGAGGCAUAUUCCAAGUAGAGGGAUAGUAGAGGCAAAGGCUCUGAGGCAGGAACCUGCCUAGUAAAUUGGAGGAGAUCAAAAGGCCAAUGGGCCUGCAGUCAGGUGAGCAGGGAAGAGAAUGGAAGGAGGAAGACAAGGGCCAGAUGUGAGGACUGAGCUUUGACUCUAGUAAGCUGGGAGCCACGGGGGCAGGAGGGUUCCUGAACAGAGGAGGGGACUGGCCAGACACGGUCAGAUCCAGCAUUGGCAUGGCAGUGCUGGUGGGAAAGGGAAGUUGCCCUCCACCCUCAGUCAAAUGGUCAACUGUAUCUUCAGGUAGACUCACUGCCCCCAGUGCCCAGAUGGGAAACUAAGGCUUGGAGAAGACUGACUAGCCCAAGGCCAAGCCAAUUGUCCAGAGGGUUCAGCCCCUGCCUGGAUGAAUUGAGGCAGGAGGGAGGCUGGGGCAACAGGCCUGGGCAUCAGGGUUUCUUUUUUUUCUUUUUUAAGAGGAAGGGGGGGGGGGAGAGAAACAUUAAUUGUUUUCCUCCUGUAUGUGUACGAACUGGGAAUCAAACCCUCAGCCUAUGUAUGUGCCCUGACCAGGAAUGGAACCUGCAAUGUUUUGGUGUCCUGGACGAUGCUCCAACCAACUGAACCACCCAACCAGGGCUAUCAAGGUUUCGUACAAAAUGUGUGUCUUGCUGAGAUAGUGGUCAGGAGGUACCUGUGACCCACAGGUAGUAUCCUACAUUGGUGUUAAGGACAUGGGGUUGGGAGUGUAGGCUUCCCAGGGAGAGGCCCCCCCAACUAGGCCUCAGGGGAUAAGUAUGAACUUUUUGGGUAGGCGGGCAACGGAGAAAAGCCCAAGCUAGGCUGGUGGAGCUGGCACCAGUCUACACUGGGACUGGCCCUGCCAGGAGCAGAGAACUCCAGUGGAAGCCAUUCCAUUAAUACCACCCCGUGCGCAGGCUCUCUUCACACCAUCCCCACCACAGAUGGGGGUGGGGGGUCAUGUUGCUCAAUUUUCAGCUGGGGAACCCAAGUCUGGUAAGUGGGUGACACCUUCAGGGACUGAUCAGGAAGCUCCUCUGGCCCUCAGUCUCCCUGUCUCUGACUCUGGGGGUUGGGCAGAUUGUCAAGAGCCUCUGCCUAGGUGACCUUGGGUGUUGACUUCUGACCUCCACAUGGGGUCUGUGUUUGGGGAAUGCCAUGGACUUCACGGGGGUCCCAGACAGCAUGACGCCUCACCAAGCUUCAGUCUGUGCCUCUAGGAACAAGGUGCAGCAGAGCCUGAAGGCUGCCUUGGGGUGGGCCUCAGGGUGGGCCGGGGCAGCCAAGCCUGUGCAAGUGCCCUCCCCUCACCCUACAGACCGUGGAGCAUGGCUUCCCAAACCAGCCCAGCGCCCUGGCCUUUGACCCCGAGCUUCGCAUCAUGGCCAUUGGCACCAGGUCUGGGGCCGUCAAGAUCUACGGUGCACCUGGUGUGGAAUUCACUGGCCUACACCGAGAAAUGGCCACGGUCACCCAGAUGCACUUCUUACCUGGCCAGGGCCGCCUCCUGACCCUGCUGGAUGACAGCAGUCUGCAUCUCUGGGAGAUCAUCCACCAUAAUGGCUGUGCUCACCUGGAGGAAACACUCAGCUUUCAGCUGCCCAGUCGGCUGGGCUUUGAUGGUGCCAGUGGCCCGCCCACCCUUGCCCACAUCACAGUGGUCCUGCUUGUGGCUGCUGGCAACAUGGCAGCUCUGGGCACAGAGGGUGGCAGCGUCUUCUUCCUGGAUGUUUCCACCCUGAUGCUGAUUGAGGGUCAGACCCUUGGCCCUGACGAGGUUCUGCGAAGUUUGCCAGAUGACUACCGGUGUGGGAAGGCACUGGGCCCUGUGGAGUCCCUGCAGGGACACCUGCGGGACCCCACCAAGAUCCUCAUUGGCUACAGCCGGGGCCUGCUGGUCAUCUGGAACCAGGCAGCGCAGUGUGCAGACCGUGUCUUCCUGGGCAACCAGCAGCUGGAGAGCCUGUGCUGGGAACGUAGUGGCAGCACGCUGGUCAGCUCCCACAGCGAUGGCAGCUACGCCAUCUGGUCUGCGGACACUGGUGGUUCCCCAGUCACGCAGCCUACAGUGGCCACCAUGCCCUAUGGCCCCUUCCCCUGCAAAGCCAUCAAUAAGAUUCUGUGGCGAAACUGUGAAUCUGGGGGCCACUUUAUCAUCUUCAGUGGCGGCAUGCCCCGUGCCAGCUAUGGUGACCGCCACUGUGUGAGUGUGCUCCGGGCUGACACCCUGGUGACACUAGACUUCACCUCCCGCAUCAUUGACUUCUUCACGGUGCACAGCACGCGACCAGAGGAUGAGUUUGACGAGCCCCAGGCCUUGGCUGUGCUGCUCGAAGAAGAGUUGGUGGUGUUAGACCUGCAAAUGCCCGGCUGGCCAGUUGUGCCUGCUCCGUACCUGGCCCCAUUGCAUUCGUCUGCUAUCACGUGCUCGGCCCAUGUUGCCAAUGUCCCUGCCAAGCUGUGGGCCCGCAUUGUGAGCGCUGGGGAACAGCAGAGCCCCCAGCCUGCCUCCAGUGCCUCGAGCUGGCCCAUCACCGGGGGCCGGAACCUGGCCCAGGAACCAUCUCAACGAGGGCUGCUGCUGACUGGUCACGAGGAUGGCACUGUGAGGUUCUGGGAUGCCUCUGGCGUGGCACUGCGGCCGCUCUACAAGCUGAGCACAGCUGGCCUCUUCCAGACAGACUGUGAGCACGCCGACAGUCUGGCCCAGGCCACCGAAGAUGACUGGCCGCCCUUCCGCAAGGUGGGCUGCUUUGACCCCUACAGUGAUGAUCCCCGGCUCGGGGUACAGAAGGUGGCACUCUGCAAGUACACAGCUCAGAUGGUGGUGGCUGGCACUGCAGGCCAGGUGCUGGUUCUGGAGCUCAGCGAUGUGCCGUCAGAACAGGCAGUCGGCGUGGCCAGUGUGGACCUCCUCCAGGACCGAGAGGGCUUCACGUGGAAGGGCCAUGAGCGGCUGAGCCCACGCACCGGUCCCUUGCCCUGGCCUGCUGGCUUCCAGCCCCGAGUGCUGGUUCAGUGUCUGCCACCAGCUGCAGUCACUGCCGUCACGCUACACACAGAGUGGAGCCUCGUGGCCUUUGGCACCAGUCAUGGCUUUGGCCUCUUUGACUACCAGCGCAAGAGCCCUGUGCUGGCCAGGUGCACUCUUCACCCCAAUGACUCCCUGGCCAUGGAGGGGCCGCUCUCCCGUGUGAAGUCGCUCAAGAAGUCACUGCGCCAGUCUUUCCGGCGCAUCCGUAAGAGCCGAGUCUCAGGCAAGAAACGGACUGUUAAUACCAACAGCAAGUUGCAGGAGGCCAACGCGCACCUGGCAGAGCAGGCCUGCCCCCAGGACGUGGAAAUGGCUCCCGUGCAGCGCCGCAUUGAGGCCCGCUCAGCUGAUGACUCCCUCUCGGGUGUGGUGCGCUGCCUCUACUUCGCUGACACGUUUCUCCGAGAUGCAGCCCACCAUGGACCCACCAUGUGGGCAGGCACCAACUCGGGCUCUGUGUUUGCCUAUGCGCUGGAGGUGCCAGCGGCAGUGGCAGGCAGCGAGAAGCGGCCCGAGCGGGUGGUGGAGGCUGUGCUGGGCAAGGAGGUGCAGCUAAUGCAUCGUGCACCGGUGGUGGCCAUUGCUGUGUUGGAUGGGCGUGGCCGCCCACUGCCUGAGCCCUAUGAGGCCUCUCAGGACCUGGCCCAGGCACCGGACAUGCAGGGUGGCCAUGCAGUGCUCAUCGCAUCCGAGGAGCAGUUCAAGGUGUUCACACUACCCAAGGUGAGCGCCAAGACCAAGUUCAAGCUGACAGCCCAUGAGGGCUGUCGCGUGCGCAAAGUGGCACUGGCCACAUUUGCCAGCGUGGCCUGUGAGGAUUAUGCUGAGACCUGCCUGGCCUGCCUCACCAACCUGGGUGACGUGCAUGUCUUCUCGGUGCCGGGCCUGAGGCCCCAGGUGCAUUACUCCUGUAUCCGGAAGGAGGACAUCAGCGGCAUCGCCUCCUGUGUCUUCACCCGCCACGGCCAGGGCUUUUACUUGAUUUCUCCAUCGGAGUUUGAACGCUUCUCCCUAAGUGCCCGGAACAUCACAGAGCCGCUCUGCUCUCUGGACAUCAGCUGGCCCCAUGAUGCUGCCCAUGCCAGCUACAGACUCCAAGAGUCACCCAAGCUGAGCCAGGCUAACGGGACCCUGGGCAUCCUCCUGGCCCCACAGAGCCAUGAUGGAAGCCCUAAUCCUGUCUGCAGCAAAGGAACUGAUACCCCAGAGCUGCCUGAGGCCACGCUCUCGCCUAUGUCCAUUGAUUCGGCCACCAGUGCUGACACAACUCUGGACACAACAGGGGACAUCACGGUGGAGGACGUGAAGGAUUUCCUGGGCUCUUCAGAGGACUCUGAGAAGAAUCUGAGGAACCUGGUGGAAGAUGAGGCUCGAGCCUGUGCCAUUCUGAUUAAAUGAGGAAGGCCAGACCUACCUGGCCACCACCUGCCUUGUUUGGAGCUGGGAUCCAGGACCUGUGUUUCCUCCCAGCCUUUCGCACAGACCUAUACUUGCUAAUCUGCAAGCAGCACCUGCCCACCUUGGCCCCAGGAUGUGGGCCUGGAACUCUGGGGUGGACUCGGACUGGCCCCUUCUACGGGCAGUACCUGGAAACCAGUUGUCACAGGGAAGGACAGUUGGGGCUGGCAGCCCAUGCCACCUCCCACUCCACACCAUCCUUCCCCCCUCCUUUGCAAAGAAUAUUUUUCUAAUGCCUGGCUGGACAGUGCCGGGUUGGACAGUCAUUUCUAAAACUAUUUUGGUACUUGCUCCUGGGCUAGCGUGUCUUCCUCCUGCCCAGCCUGUACAUGAAUGGGUGUGUGUGUGUGUGUGUGAGUGUGAGAGAGAGAGAGAAAGAGAGAGAGAGAGAGAGACUGGGAGCUCCCUGGGCACCCAGGACUAGGGCCCAGUCAGAUGUGUGGAUGUAGGGGUCAGAAUGGGUUUCCCUGUAGAUUGUCCCUUGGGAGUUUUCUGUUAUUUUGUUAACAUUAGCACUGUUUUAAUAUUAAUAA